UUAAGUUACCUCUCAACCGUUCGGUUGUUGUUGCUCUCUCUCUACGCGCUGCAGCUGCGCCUCUCUCUCUCACGGCGAUAUCGAUAAACGUAGGUGUGACUGCAGUGCGCCUGUGUGCGGGCGUGUGUCAGCAGUGAAGUUUUGUUAUUAAUACCUAAAUCCUGAACUUCACGAUCGAUCGGUCCACCAGUCUUCAAUAUGUCGUACUACGCAGAGCGAGCUUUGUCCUAUCUGUACCCUCUGGCCAUCGUGUCCUCGGUGAUCUGCUGCAUCUCGUCGGCAGUGGCCUGGGUGCACUGGCAGUACGUGCUGAACGCCUGUCCGGACACCAACUGCGGAUGUGUACUGCACAGCAGGAGCACGUACAACAGCUUCGAGGGCGGGAACAUCGCCUACUGCCACUAUGCCACCUACGGACUCGUGCUGCCCCUCCUGUUCGCCGUGGUGCUGGCCCUCUAUCACGGGUAUCGGAUGUGCAUCGGGCGUGGCAAGCCCAAGGCGGGCACGGCCACCAUCCGGCAGCGCUCUGGUGACAUGAUUGUAGUGACCACCGAGUCCGAACUAACUCCAGACGGCCUCUCGCCCUACUAUUGGCUUCCUGCCACCGUGAUCUCGGUGAUAAUGGCCAUCUACCAACUGAUCUACUCUGCCAUCUUCACGGACGGAUUCGAGGUGACCUGCAAGCAGUACAGGGAAUCUCUUCUGAAGGAAAUCCAGGGAGUGGGCAACAUAGUGCCCGUGAUCAAGUCACGCCUCUCGUGUGCUGCUAUCUUCGAUUUCAUGGACUAUCUGGUGGAGAGCGUGUCCUAUGAACGGAGGCGCUAUGGCCGUAUCAACACAGCUGCAAGUCUAUAUUUCACUCUGGUCUUCGCUUGGAUAGCUUUCGUGGCCUGGGUGAUCAUCAGCGUGAUCAAUAUCGUCCAUCUGCGACGCACAAAGGACGCCAGAGUCUAAGGAUGCCAUGCACUACAGGAGCAACAGGAGCUGGAAAAUCCUGCCUCCCAUCGUAUUGGAAAGGAACCCAAAUUCCGCUCGCACAUUCGCCUUAUAUUUAACCGUAGCCUUACGAAGAGCCACUUAUUUAUUGAUAGAAACAUAUCGAUUACGUCCACGGUUCAAACCGCCAUUCAAAAACAUUGUACAAAUAAAUGUAUGAACAACGAACGAUUGAUUAAAUCGAGAUAUCAUUUCAAA